AUGGCAACUAACAGCGUGGAAGACAGAUUGUCAUCAGAAAUUUCUUCAGCAACGGAUCAACACGAAUCGAGUUAUUUUCAAAGAAAAAAGAGACGUCUACACGCUGACCAACGUGCGCGACUUACCUACCAAAAAAUCUUAGCAGAACGAAAAGCUGAAAAAGAAAAACGUCAACUGGAAAGAGAAAAGAGGCAACAAGUUUUGGAAGAACAUGCUUCAAUUAAGCGGAGAAUGAAUAAGGCACUGUCGAAAAAGAGCAGACGAGGACAGCCAAACCUUAAUGCCCAAAUAGAAGUUUUGUUGGUGAAGAUUGAAAAACGAAUGGAAAAAUCAUAA